CUCUCAUCUUCUUGUUGCUGUCUUUCAAGCUUCUUGUUGCGGCGAUUUGCAAUGGUCUCCAAGGAUCCAGUCGAGCGGCCUCUGCCCGUUGCGGAUGGCGAAGAUAAUGCCUCCCCAACGCGGUCCCAGACCGACAAGAAGGGCAUCGUGGAUGCCACCAGCUAUCCAUCUGAUGACACUGAAUCAAUCAGAGACUUUCCGUGGACGUGGAAAGCUACCGCUAUUGUUUGUGGUGUUGCCCUCUCCUGGGGCUCGUCUUUCUCUGAGAACACCCUCGGACCUCUCAAGAGCACUUUGAUCAAGAAUCUGGAUAUCAAUAACUCUCAGUACGGAGCUAUUUCCUCGGCCACGUCGCUCGUUAAUACCGUCCUCCCAAUUCUCGGGGGUUACGGGCUCGACCAUUAUGGCGUCGAAUGGGGUUCUUUGGCGUGCUCGGUUGCAAUUUUCAUUGGCGCGGUGAUAUCAGCGGCUGGCUCCAACCAGGAUUCAUUUGCUUUUGUUGAAACAGCAAAGGCUGAUAAGGAGUAUUAAUAGGCAGGUACCAUGGGCUGG